AUGAGGCUGUCCGUGACUGCCCUGCUGGUUACUCUGGCCCUUUGCUACUACGAGGCAACAGCUGCCUCCAACAUGAAGCUGGUGAUGGUCCUCACGCUGGCGGCCCUCUCCCUGUGCUGCUAUGCAGGUCCUGGCUGUUCUCUUCUUGGCAACGUGAUUGAAAAAGCAAUUGAUCCCACUGUGUCCAAGGAUGAAUACAGAGACUAUGUUCAAGCGUUCACACAGAGUAAAACUGAGGAAAACGCUGUAGAUGAAUUAAAGCAAUGUUUUCUCCAGCAGUCCAAUGAAACUCUGGCCAAUUUCGAGCAGAUGAUGGCGCGGAGCCGUUGCCCGCCGAGCGGUUGCCAGCUGAGCGGAUCCGUCGCCAUGAACACCAUCGUCGUCGUGGUCCACGGUGGCGGAGCCAGCAACAUCUCCAAGGAGCGCAAAGAGCGGGUGCGCCAGGGCAUCCUCAGAGCCGCCACCGCGGGUUACAACAUCCUCAAACAGGGAGGGAGCGCCGUUGACGCGGUCGAAGGAGCCGUGACAGUGCUGGAAGACGAUCCCGAAUUCAACGCAGGUUGUGGAUCUGUCUUGAACGAAAAUGGGGAGGUUGAAAUGGAUGCCAGUAUCAUGAAUGGGAAAGACCUGUCUGCAGGGGCGGUGUCUGCAGUCCGCUGUAUCGCAAAUCCCAUUAAACUUGCACGACUUGUUAUGGACAAGACACCUCACUGCUUUCUGACUGACCAAGGUGCAGCAAAAUUUGCAGCAGCCAAUGGGAUUCCCACAAUUCCUGAACAACAGCUGGUAACAGAAAGAAGCAAAAAACACCUGGAAAAAGAAAAGCUUGAAAAAGAUGCUCAGAAAGCAGACUGUCAGAAAAACUUGGGGACUGUGGGUGCUGUUGCCGUGGACUGCCAAGGAAACGUGGCUUACGCAACCUCAACGGGGGGCAUCGUCAACAAGAUGCUGGGCCGCGUCGGGGACACGCCGUGUAUAGGAUCUGGAGGUUACGCUGACAAUAACAUCGGCGCCGUCUCCACAACGGGGCACGGUGAGAGCAUCCUGAAGGUGAAUCUGGCCAGACUCGCGCUCUUCCAUGUUGAACAGGGAAAAUCACUAGAAGAAGCUGCCGACGCGUCGUUGGGUCACAUGAAGUCCAAGGUCAAAGGCGUAGGUGGUAUCAUCAUGGUCAACAAAGCAGGAGAGUGGGCGGUGAAGUGGACCUCCACGUCCAUGCCCUGGGCGGCCGCCAAGGACGGCAAGCUCUGCUCGGGCAUUGACGGCGGCGACACGAGCAUCAUUGACCUGUCCUAA